AUGAACGUUUUAAAAUUUCCCAUCUCUUAUCUAAUCAUUCUGAUACAAUUUUCAUACAACAAUGUGUUAUGUCACCCUGUAUCUGAGGAAUCUAAUGUUUUGCGAUCUCCGAAAACAGUGUUUUCACCCCAACUGACCAAAAGCCUUAAGGAACGUUUAAAUCACUUCGGUUCACUGGGCCCUUCUGAUCCUUACAACUCCAAAAGGACUGAAAAAGUUACAGAAAAUUUGUCUAAAGAAGAAGAAACCCGACCCAAGGAAGAAGACACUGAAGUCAAAGAAGAUAAUACCCAAACUGAGGUUAAUGUUAAUGAAGAGGAGAAUCCAGUAAAUCAACAUCAAGAAGAAAAAGUUGCUGAAGAAAAGCUCAAUGAAGAAAAGGUCAAUGAACAAACGGUCAGUGAACAAAAGCCCAAUGAAGAAAAGGUUUCUGAGGAAAAAGUUUCUGAGGAAAAGGUUGAAGAAAAGGUCAAUGAUGAUCUAGAUCCUGCCUAUAUCUCUAAUGUACCCUUCGAUACAUCUAGCACUGAUUCCACAAGUGAUAAGGAAGAGAAACCUCAGGAGCCUGAGGAAGUAAUUAAAGCCGAGAAAGUAGAUAAUUUGGGAUUCAAUUUACCUCCUCAAAAACCUCUUCAAAAAGAACCAAAAUCUACAGAAUUAAAAUCUUCAGAACUAAAAUCUACAGAAUUAAAACCUGCUGAACCAAAACUCAAUAACAGACCAAAGGAUAGGGAGUUCAGUUUUACAGAUUUUGAUGGCUUUAUGGUUAAUAACCGCGAGGAUUUGUUAAAGUGCAUUAAUGACCCUCACGACUUUGUACUUGUGCUCGAUGAAUCUGAAAGUAUGUCCAAUUACAAUUGGAAGAAAUAUGUAAAGGAAGUUACGCUCCUCCUUGCCUCCUCAAUUUCACACCUUAAUAAGGAUAAUACUCUGUCAAUAGUACAUUACUCAAAUGUUCCAACCCUUAGACUUAACUUCCAAAAAAUUGAUCCUGAGGCUUUCCAAAAUACUUUAGAUAAGAUCAAUGAGAUGUUCCAGAUGAGACGCUCGUACGGCAAAAGUUACACUGGAAAAGCGCUCGAAUAUGUCAGACAGCAACUCCUGCACCUUCCUGAAAUCCCAGAGGGAAGUUCUUCAGAUUCUCCGAAAGCCAGUAACAAAGUGGUUAUAUUGAUGACUGAUGGGGCAGCAAAAGAUAUUGAGAAGGCCUAUAAUGAGUCCUUGGCACUGAGGUAUAACGGAGUUGAACUGUUUGUGUUCGCCGUAGGAUUUGUGAAUGAGGAAAACUGUAGGAAACUGGUCGGCUGCCCGAAUGAAGGCCACUGCACCAAUGUUUUCUAUUCAUCAUGGAACUCUAUAUUACUACAACUUCAGGAGCUUCUCAAGUUCAUGUGCAUAGAUUUGGGACGCAACGCAACCUGCAAGGAAUUCUGGUCAGACUUCAGUGACUGUUCUCGUCCUUGCGGCGGGGGUACCAAGAGGGCGACUUUCCUCAAGUUUACGACCUUAACGGAGGCAACAGCAGGUUCAGAUGGUAAAAAAGGUCUCACGUGUGAGGAUCAAUAUAGGUAUACAACUGACAAGGUUGUACGAUGUAAUGAGCAUCCAUGUCCGCCUGACCAGUCUACACUUUUGCAGGAUUUGAUUAAAGGAAAAAAUGGCCUGUCCACUGACACUGACAUGUUAAUGGAGGUGAAAAAGCACUUGAGAGAUGAUAACACCGUUGAUACUCACAUGAGGACAAAGAAUCUUGGGGAUAGGGUUCAUCAUAGACAUCAUUCUCACAGUUAUGCCCCUAAAAAAGUGCCUGAAAAGGAGCCUAAACCAGACCCAGUUGGGACUAAAAUUCUAAAUGACUUGCUGGAUGGGAAGAAAGAACCCGAUCCUCUGCCUUUCCAUUUGCUGGGUGAAAAUGAGCAUCAUGUACAGGUAGAACGUAUAUUGGAUCAAAGUGAAGUUGAUACUCCAGUACGUAAACAUACCCCAACAUCUCCCACUAAACCUUCAACAAGUCACUCUACUAGACAUACUCAACACGCUCAAACUGUACAUACUCCAAGUCAAGCAACUGUAUACACUCCACCUUCUCCAACUGUACAUACUCCAAGUCCUCCCACCGAAGAGGAUUCAAGUGUUCAAACUGAAUCUGAUCAGUCAGAUUUAGAUCUACCAGAAACUCCAUUGAAAGUUGAUCGAGAGGUCCAGACAAAGAACUUAGUGGAUCAGGCUAUGCAAACUGAGCGUGAAAAGGUUAGCAGCUCUUCACAGACAGAGAAUAACAAGGUUGAUGGAAGUUCACAAACCGUGAACAACAAAGUUGAUAGUUCAACUCAAACGGAUCCCGAUACGACACAAGAGCUUGGCACUCUAACAUAUGAUAGAUUAAAACAGCUUGUAAAUAGCGAGCAGGCCACGAAAAGUGGUCCAACUGAAGUAGUAAGUGCUGGCUUGGAUGUUGUGAAGGAGGGCGUGAAUAAAGUUGAUCAACACCUUAAGGAAACCAUACAACAAUUACAAGGAGGAAGAUGGAAAUUAUUUGUAUUAAAGUUUAAACAAAAAUUUAAACAAUUACUGGAAAAUGAAAACUUCAAAAAACUAAGCGCUGUAUUGAUAGUAAUAAUAUUAUCGGCAAUAUCAAUAUCAUUCUUUUCAUAUCUUUUCCUCAGAGAGAGAGAGCCUGUGCGUCGGUUAUUUGAUCCAAAUGAUCAAGAGUUUAUGAACGCAGGAGACGGAGAUGAUGUGGAACCUUCAGAAAACUACCAAGUCUCGAAUAUGGAGGAUGGAAUCUGGGCCUAA